CAAACGAAUUUACAAACACAAAUUUAGCAAAAAGUAAAGCUUUAUCUUAAAUUUAACACAUGAUAGUAUUAGCUGAAUCUGACAUUAAAGAACAUUUAAAAGACAUAGUAAAAACUCUUGUUAAAUAUUUAGAUUACGAAGAUAUUGAAAUACAAAAUACUACAAAAAAAAUCAGUGAAUUAUUAGGAAUAUAUUUAGAAAUAGAUAUAUAUAUGCCUUUAAUAAUAUCCUCAAUAAACGAUGAAGAACAUAAAUCAGCUCCAAAAUCUCUGAAAAAAUUACUUGCAGUUCUUUCCAUGAUUAUCCGAGCUGAAAAUCCAAAAUCAUUAGAGCCUCAUUUAGAAGCAAUCAUGAAAACGAUCAUGAGUAUAGAAAAGACAUUUGAUGAUAAUGAAGACGUAUAAGGUGGUUUAUAUUAUAUUAUCAAAGAACUAAUAGAAGUUGGUGGGGAAAAUAUAAGUAUUUAUUGUAGACCUAUAUUUUCUUUACUUUUGACAAUAGAAGCGACUACUAAAAUCGGAACCAAAUUAUGUGGAUAUUAAAGUAUUUCAGAAUUACAUUCGAAUGAAGUUUCAAUGCUUUUAAAUGAGUUUACAUAAAAUUAGUCAUAUAAAUCAUGGCAAAAAUACUCAAAAGAUCGUUUAAAAUUCGAUAUUAUAAUAAGAAAUUGUGGAGAAGGAAUCGAAAAAUUCAUGGACAUAAUAUUAGAAAUUUUAUAAUCAUGUGUAGAUUUAAAUCAAGAUGUUGAAGUACGUUUAGAUACUUUGAUUUAAGUUGAAUUUUUGAUAUAAACUCCUUAUGCAUCUGUAUAGAAGAAAUUAUAUGAAAAUUCAUAAAUAGUUUUGACGAGAAUAAUAAUACCAUCAAUAAUAUGGAGAAUAGGAAAACCUCAAAUAAAAAUUAGAAAAGCAGGAGUAAUAAAUCUUUAUAAAAUGAUUGAAAAAAAUCUCCUUGAUAAAAAAGUUUUAGUCAAAUGUUUAAAUGAACUCAUGCCCCCAAUAAAAAGUUCUCUUUCUGAUGAUUGGGCUCCAGAUUUGAGAUUAGCGGCUUGCAAACUUAUGGAAAAGAUAUUAUUAGAAGUAUAAAAUGAUAUUUAAUAUAUUUAAAUAUCUGAAAACUAUACAGCUUUAUUAGAAAGAUUAGAUGAUUCCUAAGAUAUUAUAAGAAUUGAAAUUUGUAAAUCUUUUAUUGCUAUUUUUGGGGCUAAAGCCCUUAAAGAAAGUACAACAAUUUUUGAUUAUAUGAUAAAAGCUAUUUUUAUCCAUUUAGAUGAUUAAAAUGAAGAAAUGUAGAUGGCAGCUUAUAAUUCUUUGAGAUUUGCAGCACAUUUUAACUCUUAAAUCUUAAAGAAUGAAGCUACUUAAUCUAUAAAAAAAAUGAAAUUCCCGAGAAAAUGCUAAGAAUUGAUUAAUCUUGCAGAUUAAUUAUUAAGUGAAUAAUAAAGUGACUAAAUGGAAAAAGAAUAAGAAUAAUAAAAAUGA